AUGAGCGCGCUCCCAACUCACCUCCCGACAGCGUCCCUGAUGGUGGCCAACAUGCACUGCCCGUCGUGUGUCGAGGCCAUCACCGAGCUGCUCGCCAACAUUCCCGCCGUGGUCAACUUGAGCGUGUCGCUCCUCCUCAACCGCGUCACGUUCUCAGUCGACACGAGCAUCUCGUCUUCGUCCUCGUCCAACCCAUCCAACUACGAGCGCAUCGUGGACCAGGUCCAUCAGGUCCUCACCACCGAAGGUGGCUUUGUCGUCACGGACGAGAACGCGCCAGUCGUCGCCACUCCCGAGCCCGUGUCCCCGAAGGCUGUGUCCAGGCCUCUCGCAUGGCUGUCGCGUAGCAACCGCCGUGCGGUAAAGGAAAACAAGGUCGCUGACGAACGUCGCCGCCGCCACCUCGAGGGCUGUGAGGCGUGUCGUCUCGAAGCCGAGGCUGCAGAGAAGGGCCAAGGCGCGCCGCCGACGGUGCCCCAGGCCCAGCCCGCAGACCAGGUCUUGGUCACGACACUCAGCAUCGAGGGCAUGACAUGUGCGUCGUGCACGAGCUCCAUUAAAGCGGGACUAAAGUCUCAUCCGGCUGUUCUGAACGCGGACGUCGCGCUGCUCAGCUCGAGCGCGACGGUGCGGCACCACGCGUCUCUCGCCCCCGCCGAGCUCGUCGAGAUGAUCGAUGACACAGGCUUUGAGGCAGAGGUCAUUGAGAGUCAUCCCGAGGCCAAGGCCGUGGCCGUUGCCGACGACGAGCCUGCGCUCGACGGCGACGCACUCGUCCGCACCACACUCAGUAUUGAGGGCAUGACCUGCGCGUCUUGCAGUUCCGCCAUCGACCGCGCCCUGCGCCAGCUGCCCGAGGUGACCGACACUGCCAUUGACGUGCUGGGUAACAAGGGCAUCAUUACACACCGCGCAUCACUCUCAGCGGCCGCGAUCCAUGAGAUUAUCGAGGACGUGGGCUACGACGCGGCAGUGGUCGCCACCGUCCCCGUCGAACCGCUCAAGCCCACCGGACCGUCCAAGGACGGCACCCGCUCUGUUACUGUUCGCGUGCAGGGCGUGUUCUGCAACAACUGCAUCACCCAGCUCAACCACCACCUCGCCACUAUGCCCGUCAAGUCGUUCACACCGCUCUCGUUCCACAACCCCGUCACGACGGUCACCUAUGUCCCGCACCACCCGUUGACGAUCCGCGAUAUCCUGAGUGGCCUGUCAAACGUCGCGCCAGAGUUUGACGCCGCGGUCGCCCGCACGCAGUCGCUGUCGGAGCGCUCACAGGAGAUCCAGCGGCGUGAAGUCAAGCUUUUGGCAGCACACCUCGCUGUGGCGUUCAUCUUUGCGAUUCCGACGUUUAUCAUUGCGAUCGUCUCGAUGGUUCUGCUCCCCAUGUCCAGCCCGUUCCGCCAGUUCUGGGACAAGCCCGUGUGGGGCGGUGCCAACCGCGGCACCGUUGUCUUGUGGGCGCUCGCCACGGUCGUUCAGUUUGGUGUUGGUAGGCUCUUCUACCAGCGCGCGUUGAACGCACUGUGGUCCCACCUCCGCUGGCUGCUCCCGCCGUUCCUCCGUCCUGCGUCCAUGCGCAGGUCGUCUGCUGCUGCCUCUGGGCGCAAGUUUUCAUGGCGCAGCCUGUUUUCGUUUGGAUCCAUGGACCUCCUCGUCUCGCUCUCCACCACUGUCAGCUACUUUGCCUCGAUCGCCAUGCUCGCCCUCGACGUCAAGGCCGGGCCCGACGUCAUGACCAUUGGGACAUACUUUGACUCUGGCGUGUUCAUCAUCAUGUUCAUUCUCCUGGGCCGCACCCUCGAGGCGUAUGCCAAGUCGCGCACCACCGACGCCGUCGCUCUGCUCGGGACCCUCCGUCCGCCAACCGCAUGGCUCGUCGAGGAGGGCAAGGAGGACUCGGCAGUCGAAGAGCUCAAACACAGCCUGGAGCGCCACAGUACCAGCUCUGAUGAGACGGCGAAUGGCAAGGGCUCUAUGGAAAAGACACGUUCAAGCGGCUCAGAGACACCUCCUGAUUCCUCGUCGUCGCCUCUCGCGCGCGAGAUCCCCGUCGACCACGUAGAGUACGGCGACGUCCUCCUCGUUCAUCCCGGCGCCCUGCCCCCGGCGGACGGCGUCAUCGUCUCUGGCCACACGACAUUUGACGAAUCCAGCCUCACCGGCGAGUCCCGCCCCGUAUCCAAGAGUCCCGGCGACGACGUGUUCACGGGCACCACCAACCAGUCGGCCGCGGUCAGCGUUCGCGUCACGUCCUUGGCAGCCGACACGAUGCUGGAACGCAUCAUCCGCGCCGUGUCGGACGCAAGUGGUCGCAAGGCCCCCAUCGAGCGUGCUGCCGAACGCCUGACGGGUGUGUUUGUCCCUGUCGUCAUCUACCUGUCCAUCAUCGUCCUGGCCGUCUGGCUCGGUGUGACGUUUGGCGGCAUCAUUGACCCGUCGCACUACCAUGGCUCGGGCGGGCGUGCAUUCUUCGCCCUCGAGUUUGCCAUUUCGGUGCUCGUCGUCGCUUGUCCGUGCGGUAUCGGCCUUGCCGUCCCCUGCGCCAACGCUGUGGGCAACGGUCUCGCAGCUGCGGCGGGUAUCCUUGCGUCUGGCGGCGGCGAGGCGUUCACCGCCGCUACAAAGGUCACCACCAUUGCGUUUGACAAGACGGGUACCCUCACUGUCGGCCGGUCGGUCGUUACCGACGAGUAUUUCCCCUCGGAGCUGCCCGUCGACCGGAGCGUGAUUGAGCGCGCGACGCGCGACGUCGAGGCACAGAGCACGCACCCGCUCGCGGUGGGUGUGGUCGAGCACCUCAAGCUCAAGGGCACCGACGCGCGCGUGAGCAUCACCGAGAGCGCCGAGAUUGCCGGCCGCGGACUGCGCGCCACGCUCAGUGUGGUCGACGCAGACGCCCUCGAGCUGCUGGUGGGCAACUCGGCCCUGCUGGCCGAGAAUGGCGUCCACCUCUCCCCCGCCGAGCAAGAACGCGUGGAGCAGUGGACGAGCGACGCCAAGUCGGUCGUCCUCGUCGCUGCCCGCGUCCUGGCCGCCGCUCCCUCGUCGUCCACCGCUCCGUCCCUCCUUUUCUCCGCCACAGCCCCCUUCGCCCUCGCGGGCAUGUACGCGCUCUCGGACCCUCCACGCGAGACCACCGCGGGCGUCCUCGCCACGCUGCGCAAGCAGGGAUACCGCCUGGUCAUGCUCUCGGGCGACAACGCCGGCACGGCGUCGGCCGUCGCGCGCAUGGUGGGCAUCGAGUCCGAGGACGUGUUCGCCGGCGUCGGGCCCGAGGGUAAAGCCGACGCGAUCCGGACCAUGCAGGCGCGCACGCACGCUGUGAAGAAGCGCGCGUGGCUGCCGUGGUCGGCCACAGUGGACCGCAACGACGUCGUCCUCUUCGUAGGCGACGGGCUCAACGACGCCGUCGCGCUCGCGGCGGCGGACGCGUCCGCGGCCAUGGGCCACGGGUCGCAGGCCACGCUGGCCAGUGCCGAUUUCGUCCUGCUCUCAUCCGACCUGGCGGCCUUGCCGGUCCUACUGCGCCUCAGUAAGAAGGUGCGCACGCGCCAAUGGCUCAACCUCCUCUGGGCGACGCUGUUCAACACCGUCUGCAUGCCCAUCGCCGCUGGCGUCCUCUUCCCCGCUGGCCUGCGCCUCAGUCCCGUGUGGAGCGCGGUGCUCAUGGCCCUCAGCAGCGUCAGUGUCGUGCUGAGCAGCCUGGCACUCCGGUGGGGUCUGUAG